CUACAUUGAAUAGGCUGCUUCAUUGUGAUGAUAAUGAUGACUGGGGCCCCAUUGUAACUGUUAAAAGUCAUUUCACUGUGUCUUUUGUACUUUAUAUUAUAAAUAAAGACUUUACAACCACACCACUUACAUUUUGUCUUCCAGGACAGAAGACUGUGUCUCUGUACCAACACCAUCAUCCUACAUCUUCCAUUAGCUCCAGGACUCUUCACCAAAAAUGAGCCUGUGUGUUUCUCAGCAACUUGAACUGAAGAAUGUAGAUCUGCGAGCUGGAGAUCAGCUGAAACUAAAGGGAGUAAUUCUGCACGAUGCUGAGAGAUUCCAGAUCGACCUCGGCUGUGAUGCAGACGACCUGGCGCUGCACUUUAACCCUCGUUUCCAUGAUGACACAGAUGGAGCUGUGCUCGUGUGCAACUCAAAGACUGAUGGUUGUUGGGGUGACGAGAAACGGGAAAUACACAACCCCUUACAGAGAGGCGCAGACGUCAAGAUUGUACUGAAGCUGGCGGGAGACGUGUUUGAGGUGGAGCUUCCUGAUGGACAGGAAGUCCAGUUUCCUAACCGUGUUGGCAUGGACGUCAUCAGCUACAUCAGAGUCACAGGGGACUUCAAACUGACUUCCUUCAAAAUCUGCUAAAAGAUACAG